UUACAGGAAAUAAAUGCUUCUUUGCCCAAUAUAAUAAACAACAAAUAUGGAAAGAAGGUCUUGUUGUACUUGCUGAGUCCUAGAGACCCUGCACAUUUUGUGCCAGAAAUCGUCACACUUCUGCAACAGGGAGAUGGAAAUGCCUAUAGUAAAAAGAAUACUGAACUCCGCCGCCGUGAACUCCUGGAAGCCAUUUCCUCACCUUUGCUAGAAUAUUUGCAAGAACAUACCCAAGAAGUAGUGACAGACAAAGCUACCUUUGUCUUAGUUGCUGACAUCUUAAGAACAGCUCUUGGUGACAUCCAGCCGGCACUAGAUGCAAUUGCUAAUUUAGCAGCAGAAGAGAUGGUUCCAGGCGGCUGUGAUGGGCAGCUUCACAUUGCAGAGCAUCCAGCAGGCCAUCUAGUUUUGAAAUGGUUAAUAGAGCAAGAUGAAAAAAUGAGAGAGAGUGGAAAAGAAGUUUGCUUUGGAAGAACAUUGGUAGAACAUGUUGGUAUUGAUAAUAUGAAGACCUGGGCAGAAGUAAAUCGAGGUGCCAUUAUUCUUUGUUGCCUUCUUCGGAGCACUGAACAAGAAGUGGCAAAUACAGUCAAAAAAGGACUGAAAAAGCUUGUCCCAAAGUUGAAGCUGAAUAAAAAUGUAAAAGGAAUAGAAGCAUUACUGGAGAAAUUGACUUCCUAGGGUAAAUGAAGCUAAAAAGACAAUUUACAUCAAUGCAACCAACUGAAAAUUCAUGAGAUUUUGCACCACAGUUGUUUUAAGAAGCAAUGUAUGCAUUUGUAAAUUAAAUAAUUUCUAAA